AUGGACUGGGAGGAUAUGCGUGUGAUUGGAUUUCAGCACCAGCCCAAGGUUUAUGGGUUGCAUGCAUGUUAUGCGCUCUCGGAUCAUCAGCUAUCUAUCAUGCAUUCUUCAACACGGCUCGAUUUCUUCACGAGUACGCUGAAUCAACACGAGAAGCGUUCCUUCGGAAGAAGAUACGUCAUAAGAAGCUUGAUUAUGUGCAUCGAAAACUGGGCCAGCAUCGAGGAACCCCUAAAGACGACACGUAUGAAGAAAUGUCACAUUCACCACGAGGUUCAACAACGACCGCCGCCGCCACGACCACUCCUUCCAGUGGUGCUGUACCUGAGAAGAAAGACCCGUCAACACCCACCGCCAAUAAACCGACUGAUGGUAGCGAAGGUUCCGAAGAGGCCGCGAAGAGGUCUAGAUCUAAAGAAACCACUUCAAAUGUCUCAAAGGAAACGACUUCGAAUGCUUCGAAAGAAACGCUUUCGAAUACCUCAAAAGGAACGAUUUCGCAUGAGGAGAAGGCGCCAGAAUAAUCAGUUCCCACAGAAGAGUUAUUGCUUCCAAUCAUAUCUAUUCCCGAAGGAUAAUUCGAUAUAG